UCCUGACGCCAAAAUCCAUCCACCACCACACAUCUUCGAUAAUGGCACAAACAGACGACUCCGCCGCCGCCGGAGUUUCGUUCUCCGGCAGGCCCAUUUCCAUUUCCAACAUAAAAAGCAAGCUCUUGGUCUUGGCCAUGUCGGCUACACUUCUCGUCGCCGGCGUCUCCUCCUCCGACGAGCAGGUGAGAAGCACGUGCGCCGUGACGCUUUACCCGGAGCUCUGCGAGAAGACGAUAUCCACCGGCGGGGGAAGUAGGUGGAGUUCAAAAGACGCAAUCGAAGCGUCGGUGAAUAUUACGAUUGGUGCGGUGAAGGAUAACUAUAAAAGGAUGGAGAAAUUGGUUAAGACAGUGAAGAAUCUGACAAAGAGAGAGAAAAUUGCUCUGAAUGAUUGUUUAGAAAGUGAGGAGGAGACGCUGAGAGAGCUGUAUGAGGUUGUUGAAGAUCUCCAUGAAUAUCCUAACAAGAAAUCUCUCACACAGUAUGCCGAUGACCUCAAAACCUUACUCAGUUCCGCCAUCACUAAUCAGGAGACAUGCGUGGACGGAUUCUCGCACGACAAAGCCGACAAGAAGGUACGAGAGUCAAUAGAAGCAGGCCUAAUUCACAUCAAAAAGCUUUGCAGCAUUGCAUUAGCCUUGAUUAAGAACCUAACCGAUACCGACAUUGCCAAUCACAACUACAACGUCCUCAAUAGAAAACACCUGGCAGAAGUCAACAACGGCGGCCGUGGCAACGACGACCGAAUUAACUGGCCCGAUUGGAUGUCGUCAGGCGACCGGAGGCUUUUGCAAGCCUCGUCCACAGCCACUCCCGAUGUGGUUGUGGCAGCCGACGGGACUGGCAAUUUCCGGACAGUGUCAGAGGCGGUUGCGGCUGCGCCUAGUAGAAGUAGCCGAAGAUACAUAAUAAGAAUAAAGGCAGGGGUUUAUAGAGAAAAUGUGAAUGUGCCAAGUAGUAAGAGUAAUUUAAUGUUUUGGGGAGAUGGAAGAACCACCACUAUAAUCACCGGGAACAGAAAUGUCGUCGAUGGCAGCACUACCUUCAAUUCCGCCACCGUUGCGGCAGUGGGAGCAAGGUUUUUGGCGAGAGACAUUACGUUUCAGAACACCGCCGGUCCAUCGAAGCACCAAGCGGUGGCUCUCCGCGUGGGCUCCGAUCUCUCUGCUUUUUACCGCUGCGACAUGCUCGCCUAUCAAGACACACUCUACGUCCACUCCAACCGCCAAUUCUACAUCAAGUGCAUCAUCGUCGGCACCAUCGACUUCAUCUUCGGCAACGCCGCUGCCGUCAUCCAAGACUGUGACAUCCACGCCCGCCGCCCCAAUCCCGGGCAGAGAAACAUGGUCACUGCACAAGGAAGAACAGACCCAAAUCAGAACACUGGGAUUGUCAUCCAAAAAUGCAGAAUCGGAACCACCUCCGAUUUGCAGCAGGUGAUCGGAAAUUUCCCCACGUUUCUGGGGCGGCCAUGGCAGAGAUACUCGAGGACGGUAGUCAUGCAAACUAGCAUUAGCAAUGUGAUUGAUCCGGCAGGGUGGCAUGUUUGGAAUGGGAAUUUUGCGCUUGAUACUCUGUUUUACGCUGAGUAUCAGAAUAGUGGGGCCGGUGCCGAUACAUCGAGGAGAGUGACGUGGAAGGGGUAUAGGGUUAUUACCAGCGCGGCGGAAGCUCAGGCCUUCACGGCUGGGAAUUUCAUCAGCGGCGGCACCUGGCUGAGCUCCACUGGAUUUCCAUUUUCACUUGGGCUGUAAAAUUAAUGAGCUACCGACUUCGUGGUUGACUACUGGUUGUUUUGUUGGUUUAUUUAUCGCUUCUAUCAAUAGUAACUUACCAGGAUAUUAAUUAUUUCCUUUUUAGUUAUCAAAGUAUUUGUUGGGUUGUGAAUUAAUUUGGAUUGAAUUGGCUUA